CCUGUCGACUUUUCCCUCCUCAGUUGCGAAGAUCUACCCCCUCUGUCUACUUUCCUCAUGUCGUCACGCCGCCCGGGGAUCUUACCGCCGCUGUACGUGAAUUUCACAUAUCCCCAAUGAUGGCUCGUGUCCUCGUUGCGCCCCUCAUCCCCCUGCUGCUCGCCUCACAUGGAGUGCUGUGCCAGGCACAGGUGACGGCGGCGGACGGGCAGGAGCUUGAGGAAGCCGGACAGAGCUUGCGAGGCUCCGCCAGCCCCACCCCGACGGUUCCGCCGGCCGUCAAGCAAAAAGAGUGCCGCGUCCUCGACAGAUUCAAUGCGACCAUCGAGCCGGGCGACUAUCGGAAGAUCUCCAUCGAUCUGGUACGAAGUAGGUUGGAAAACUGACACUUCCAUCAUGUGCAGCCUCUUCUUUCUCUUGCCCUUCAGGAUGAGCUGCGGACGACGACUUCUGCAGACGUAGAUGUUGUUAUCGCUUCCAAUGCUCUCCGCGGCGAUGGUGACCUUUUCACAUUUGUGGACGGGUAA